AUGGAGCUAAUUAUCACUUUCUUGGUCAUCGCAUUAGUACUUACACUCGCACUUCCGGCCGUCCUCCGCCACAGCCGCCGCAGCAAGUUUAACCUUCCCCCGGGUCCUAAGCCAUGGCCGGUGAUCGGAAACCUCCACCUGAUCGGCCCGCUUCCCCAUCAAUCCCUCCACGCCCUCGCCAAGAAGCACGGUCCUCUCAUGUACCUGCGCCUCGGCUCCCGCCCCACUGUCGUCGGUUCCUCCGCUGCCGCAGCCCGGUUCUUCUUCAAGACCCACGACCUUUCCUUCUCCGACCGCCCCAACACGGUCGUCGGCAAGUACACCGCAUACAACUCUUCCGACAUCGUAUGGUCAUCCUACGGUCCCUACUGGCGCCACGUCCGCCGACUCUUCCUCUCAGAGCUUCUCAACGCCAAACGCCUCCACUCCUUCUACUCCAUCCGCGUCGACGAGGUCCACGCCCUCCUGCGCAGCAUUUUCAACGCGUCUCCAUCGGUCCUACUCAAGGAAUUGCUCUUCGCCUUCACGUUCAAUGUAAUUAGCCGCAUGGCAUUCGGAAGGCAAUACGUGGCACAGGACUUCGAGAAAGGGAUCGACGAAUUCAUGCUACUUCAUGGAGUCUUCAACCUCGGCGACUUCAUUCCCUGGCUCGGAUUCCUCGACCUGCAAGGCUACGUACGCCGGAUGAAACUACUGAGCCAGAAGCUCGACGUUUUGUACGAGCAAAUUCUGGUCGACCACGAGGAGCGCCGCCACCUCGAAGGUGACACCUUCGUGGCCAAGGACAUGGUAGAUUUGCUCCUUCUGAUGGUCGAUGAUCAUCCAACCACAGACGACGAUACCAGACUUCAUAGAGACAACGUCAAAGCUUUCAUUCAAGACUUGAUCGUUGGCGCCACCGAUACGCCUUCGUUGACCAUAGAAUGGGCCAUCUCCGAGCUCGUCCGGAACCCCGAGAAACAGAGGAAGGCAGCCGAGGAGCUGGAACGGGUGGUUGGCCGCGAGCGGUGGGUGGAGGAGGAUGACAUCCCACAGCUGCCGUACCUGGUGGCCAUCGUCAAGGAAACAAUGCGCUUGCACCCGGCGGCGCCGCUUCUCUUGCCGCGGCUCGCUCGGGAGCACGCCGUCGCGGGUGAGGACUGCGGCGGGUAUGACGUCCCCGCGGGGACGCGCGUGCUGGUUAACGUGUGGGCCAUGGGGCGGGACCCGGCUGUGUGGGAGUCGCCGGAAGAGUUCUGGCCGGAGCGAUUCUUGGGCAGCGCGGUCGACGUGAAGGGCCAGGACAUGGAGCUGGUGCCGUUCGGGGCAGGGCGAAGGAUGUGCGCAGGGUACGGAUUGGGACUGAAGAUGAUCCAGUUAGUGCUGGCCAAUCUGGUUCAUGGAUUCGAGUGGCUUCCGCCGGCGGGGAUGAGGCCGGAGGAGGUGAGCAUGGAGGAGGCGGGCGGUAUAACUCUGACGAUGAAGGUGCCUCUGGAGGCUAUCGUCGUGCCCAAACUGCCACAUCACCUUUACUGA